AUGGAACUUUCCCAGUUCACGAUUGACAACAUUACUUUUGGGAAAUGUCAUAGAGAUUAUGAAGAAAAUAAUUUCACUUGUAUAUCAACGAGUUUUCAUUUACAAAGAAAAUACGCCUACUAUAUGCUGCACGCCUACCUUCCUAGCACCCUCAUUGUCGUAAUUUCAUGGCUCUCCUUUUGGUUACCGACUGAAUCUACAGCCGCCCGCAUCUCGCUAAGCAGUCUUACCAUCUUGACAAUGAUCACCCAGAGACAGAGUAACAGUGGGAACUUGCCGCCAGUCUCCUAUAUAAAAGCUAUAGACAUAUGGACGGUGGCAUGUUUACUCUUCGUGUUCGCUGCUUUUGUCGAGUAUACGCUAGUUUGCUUCUUUUCCAGACAAGACUGUCACACCCUUACUAUCUCUCUGACUGGAGCCAAAGAGAGUAUAUUCGCAACUGUAUCAAGUCAAGGUGAAAAGAACACGGAUAUGACUGUUAAUACGAUCUUUUUGCAACCUUGUAUGUAUAUCUAUCUAUCUAUCUAUCUCAGAGUAUCUAUCUAUCUAUCUAUCUAUCUAUCUAUCUAUCUCAGAGUAUCUAUCUAUCUAUCUAUCUAUCUAUCUAUCUAUCUAUCUCAGAGUAUCUAUCUAUCUAUCUAUCUAUCUAUCUAUCUAUCUAUCUAUCUAUCUAUCUCUCAGAGUAUCUAUCUAUCUGUCUAUCUCAGAGUAUCUAUCUAUCUAUCUAUCUAUCUAUCUAUCUAUCUAUCUAUCUAUCUAUCUAUCUCAGAGUAUCUAUCUAUCUAUCUAUCGCAGACACUUCAUCUAUCUAUCUAUCUAUCUAUCUAUCUAUCUAUCUAUCUAUCUAUCUAUCUAUCUAUCUAUCUGUUUCAACCUUUCCCUGAUGAAGCUGGGGACAAUCCUUUGGGAGCUUUAGAAACAGAUAACGUCACUCUCGACGUCACAGUACCAAAUCCCAAGGCAAAGCUCAGGGCCAAACGAGUUGAUGUCAUCUCACGUAUACUGUUUCCAGCCGGAUUCGCCAUGUUUCUCGUACCUUAUUGGUCAGUCUACCUCCGUUAA